AUGCCACCGCCGCGGCAAGGUCCCUGCGGCCACCACCUCCUCCUCCUCCUGGCCCUGCUGCUGCCCUCGCUGCCCCCGACCAGCGCCCCCGUGCCCCCAGGCCCAGCCGCCGCCCUGCUCCAGGCUCUCGGGCUGCGCGAUGAGCCCCAGGGUGCCCCCAGGCUCCGGCCGGUUCCCCCGGUCAUGUGGCGCCUGUUUCGACGCCGGGACCCCCAGGAGACCAGGUCUGGCUCGCGGCGGACGUUCCCAGGGGUCACCCUGCAACCGUGCCACGUGGAGGAGCUGGGGGUCGCCGGAAACAUCGUGCGCCACAUCCCGGACCGCGGUGCGCCCACCCGGGCCUCGGAGCCUGCCUCGGCCGCGGGGCAUUGCCCUGAGUGGACAGUCGUCUUCGACCUGUCGGCUGUGGAACCCGCUGAGCGCCCGAGCCGGGCCCGCCUGGAGCUGCGUUUCGCGGCGGCGGCGGCGGCCCCGGAGGGCGGCUGGGAGCUGAGCGUGGCGCAAGCGGGCCAGGGCGCGGGCGCGGACCCCGGGCCGGUGCUGCUCCGCCAGUUGGUGCCCGCCCUGGGGCCGCCAGUGCGCGCGGAGCUACUGGGCGCCGCUUGGGCUCUCAACGCCUCAUGGCCGCGCAGCCUCCGCCUGGCGCUGGCGCUGCGCCCCCGGGCCCCUGCCGCCUGCGCGCGCCUGGCCGAGGCCUCGCUGCUGCUGGUGACCCUCGACCCGCGCCUGUGCCACCCCCUGGCCCGGCCGCGGCGCGACGCCGAACCCGUGUUGGGCGGCGGCCCUGGGGGCGCUUGUCGCGCGCGGCGGCUGUACGUGAGCUUCCGCGAGGUGGGCUGGCACCGCUGGGUCAUCGCACCGCGCGGCUUCCUGGCCAACUACUGCCAGGGUCAGUGCGCGCUGCCCGUCGCGCUGUCGGGGUCCGGGGGGCCGCCGGCGCUCAACCACGCUGUGCUGCGCGCGCUCAUGCACGCGGCCGCCCCGGGAGCCGCCGACCUGCCCUGCUGCGUGCCCGCGCGCCUGUCGCCCAUCUCCGUGCUCUUCUUUGACAACAGCGACAACGUGGUGCUGCGGCAGUAUGAGGACAUGGUGGUGGACGAGUGCGGCUGCCGCUAACCCGGGGCGGGCGGGGACGCGGACCCAACAAUAAACGCCGCGUGGUCUGUUC